CAUUGAGAGAGUAGAGUGGGCAUCAGGACAUCAGCUGGAGCAAAUACACAGGCAUGCUGAAUUUUCUUAUUCUUGGACUUUAGUCUGUGAAAAAAGGGGAUAAGACAUUUUUCAGAUAUCUAAAUGAAAAAAGGAAAUUAAAACAAGGAAUAACUCAAUUAAAAACCAAGGAAGGAAGGUCCACGCCACUAUUCAGUGGGCACAAUGUCAGACCGUUUAGACUGCCACUACUGCAGAGCUGCCCUUCAAGGGAAAAAGUAUGUGGAGAAGGAUGGGCACAAGUGCUGUGUAAAGUGCUUCGAGAAAAUCUGUGCCAACACCUGUGCUGAGUGCAGAAAACCCAUUGGAGUGGAUUCUAAGGAGCUGCAUUAUAAGAGCCGUUACUGGCAUGAUACUUGCUUCCGCUGUGCCAAGUGCUACCAUCCUCUGGCCAAUGAACAGUUUAUUUUCAAGGACAAUAAAAUUAUGUGUGCCAAGUGUACCACUCGAGAGGACUCUCUGCGCUGUAAUGGAUGUCACAAGCUGAUCCAGCCAGGUGGACACAAUGUGGAGUAUAAGGGCAGUGCUUGGCAUGAGGAAUGCUUUACAUGCAGCAACUGCAAGCAAUCCAUAGGGGCAGGAAGCUUCUUUCCCAAAGGGGCCGAUAUCUUCUGUGUCAACUGCCAUGAGCAGAAGUUUGCUAAACACUGUGUAAAGUGUAAGAACCCGAUAACAUCUGGAGGGAUAACCUAUCAGGAUCAGCCAUGGCACGGUGACUGUUUUGUGUGCGAAACUUGUCACAAAAAACUAGCUGGCCAGCGUUUCACUGCUGUUGAGGAUCAGUACUAUUGUGUGGAUUGCUACAAGACUUUCGUAGCCAAGAAGUGUUCUAGUUGUAAGAACCCGAUAACAGGAUUUGGAAAGGGAUCCAACGUGGUGAAUUAUGAAGGGCAGUCUUGGCAUGAGUAUUGCUUCACUUGUAAGAAGUGUUCUCUGUCCUUGGCCAACAAGCGUUUUGUAUGUCAAAAUGAGCAGAUCUACUGUCCUGACUGUGCCAAGAAGCUCUAAAUGGGAGCUCUACAUACAUUGAUCUGCACUGAAAUGAUUUACAAUGAGUAAACUACUAGUAUGGAUAUGCAUGACAUUUGACAUUGUUAUAUGAGCUCUUUAGGCAAUAAGUGAACUGACAAUGUAUAUGCCAACACUAUCUAUAUGCAAUAUAUGCAUGCUAAAAUCUCUUCAAGCUUUCGGAAACAAAAAAGUAGUCAUUUAAAACAUUUUGCGCCAGUUGUGUGAAACCUGCGUCUUUCCAGCUGUUGAGAACCUAGAAAUUCUAACAUGGAUGAAAACGUGAUUAGAAAAAUAAAACAGCACCUCCCUUGUCCAAGGGCUAGGUUAGGUAUUGUACCUCAUCCUCAAAGUAAGAGUCCGCAAUGGUGAAAUUUGUGUCCAUAAUACGCCCAUGUGCCGGGACCCUAAAUGUAGUUAUGCUGAAUACUAGACAAGAACUAAAGCAAUGUUUCCCAACCAGGGUGCCUCCAGC